CAAUGCUAGAGGGACCAAGAUUUCCAUUUGCCUGUGCUCCUUCUGAUGCCAUCUUUACUCUCCAGUUGAGAGACCAUCAUGCCCAGACCAGCCCUAGUGUUGGUGCAGGAGCAAGCGACGCCAAAAAGAAGAAAAUAAAUAAUGGCACUAACCCUGAGACAACCACUUCUGAUGGUUGCCACUCACCUGAGGAUAAACAACAGAACCGAGCUCAGCUGAAAGAAGAAAAGAAGGCGAGCCAUCAACACCAGCAAGCCCUAAGGAGGCAGCUAGAGGCCCAGGAUCAUACCAUAGAAAUCCUUAUGUGUCAGAAAAUUGAACUGGAGACAGUGCUCUAUUACAGCCAGGAUGCUGCCGGGAAAUUUGAAGGAGAGUCCCAUUAUCUGGCAGACCACCUGCAUCAUUCCUGGCACUUUGAAGGAGAGUUACAGCCGGCUCUCUCCUCUGUGUCCAUACAGCACAAGAAGGCAGACAGGUACAUCGAGGAGUUAACAAAUGAGAGGGACACCAUGAGUCUGGAGCUGUAUAGGAACAUCAUAACCAAUGAGGAGCUGAAGGAGAAAAAUGCCAAACUACAAGAAAAACUUCGACUCGUAGAAUCUGAAAAGUCUGAGAUCCAGCUCCACACCAAGGGGCUAAAAAGGAAGCUGGAGAAGGACAAAAUCCUGCUGCCACAGGUUCAAACCAACACUUUGCAGGAGGAGAAGAUGUGGAGGCAGGAGGAGAAGCUACAGGAUCAGAAGGAGAAGAUACAGAAGAAGGAGGGGAAGCUACAGGAUCAGGAGGAGAAGAUACGGAAGCAGGAGGAAAAGAUGUGGGAGCAGGAAAAGGAGCUGCAGGAUCAGGAAAAGAAGAUGAAGGAGCAGGAGCAGCAGAUGAGGGAGCAGGAGAAGAAGAUGUGGGAGCAGGCAGAGAAGAUUUGGGAGCAGGAGGAGAAGAUGUGGAGACAGGAGGAGAGGCUGUGGCAGCAGGAGAAGCAGAUGUGGGAGGAGGAGGAGAAGAUGUGGGAGCAGGAGAAGAAGAUGUGGAGACAGGAGGAGAAGCUGCAGAAGCAGGAGAAGGAGGUGCAUGAGCUGGAGGAGCAGAUGCGGAAGCAGGAGGUGCAGAUGCGGAAGCAGGAGGAGCAGAUGAGGAAGCAGGAGGAGCAGAUGAGGAAGCAGGAGGAGCAGAUGCGGAAGCAGGAGGAGCAGAUGAGGAAGCAGGAGGUGCAGCUGUGGAAGCAGGAGAAGGAGCUGCGUGAGCUGGAGAAGCAGAUGCGGAAGCAGGAGGAGCAGAUGAGGAAGCAGGAGGAGCAGAUGCAGAAGCAGGAGGAGCAGGCGUGGAAGCAGGAAGAGCAGAGGCCCGAGCUGGAGGUGCAGAUGCGGAAGAAGGAGGAGAAGAUUUGGAAGCAGGAGGAGCAGAUGCAGAAGCAGGAGGAGCAGAUGAGGAAGCAGGAGGAGCAGAUGCGGAAGCAGGAGAAGGAGCUGCGUGAGCUGGAGAAGCAGAUGUGGAAGAAGGAGAAGCAGAUGGGAGAGGUGGAGGAGCAGAUGUGGAAGCAGGAGGAGCAGAUGCACGAGCUGGAGGAGCAGAUGCGGGAGCAGGAUGAGAGGCUGCGAUUGAAGGAGGAGAGGCUGUGGGAUCAGGAUGAGAAGAUGCUCGAGGAGGAGGAGAAGAUAUGGAUACAGGAGGAAAGGCUUCGGGAGCAGGAAAAGGAGCUGCGGGAGAAGGAAGAGGAGAUGCAGAAGCAGGAGAAGAUGUGGGGGCAGGAGGAGAAGAUGCGGGAGGAGGAGAAGAAGAUGCGGGGGCAGGAGGAGAAGAUGCGGGAGAAGGAGAGGAUGGGAGAGCAGGAGGAGAAGAUGCGGGAGAAGGAGAGGAUGGGAGAGCAGGAGGAGAAGAUGCAGGAGGAGCGGUGCUCAGAGCCCUGCCUCCCUCCCUCCAAAGACCUUUCUGAUAGGAGCCACCCUGGCAGCGUGGAGCCUGCACGAGAGGCCGGGAAGGGUUAUUCCCAUGACAACUGCACUGCACAGCAGAUCAUGCAGCUGCUUGGUGGAAGGAAGAACGCCCAGGAGCGCCCAGUCUUAGGCAGCACCUCCUGCAUCCCAUUCUUCUACCGAGGAGAUAAGAAAAAGAUGAAGAUCAUCAAUAUCUAAAAGCCGGCACUGUCAACAAGGCCUACAGAAGUGUAAGCCGCCGUGGAACUUUGUGAAUAUAGUCUGAGAACAAACUUGAAAAAAAGAAAAAAAAAGAAAAUUUAUUCUAAAUUGUGGCAAAAUACUCACCUGGCAUGGUCGCCCACACUUGUAAUCGCAGCACUUUGGGAGGCCUAGGUGGGUGGAUCACCUUAAGUCAGGAGUUCAAGACCAGCCUGGCCAACAUGAUGAAACCCCGUUAAAAAAGUUAGCUGGGCAUGGUUGCACACACCUGUAAUCCCGGCUACAUGGGAGGCUGAGGUUGCAGUGAGUCUACAUCACACCACUGCACUCCAGUCUGGGUGACAGAGUGAGACUACACCUCAAAAAAAAAAAAAAAAGUUUCUACCUGAGGACUAUAAUAUCUAUGUACGUUUCUAUUGUUUUUUUUCUUGGUCUUUCUCGUUUAGUCCUGUGUUGUCUUGUCUUAUGGCAUGCCUAGUAAACUUUUAUCUGCCUCCAGAGAGUAGUGACUUUGACUUUAUGGCACACAAUUGGAGUAAGAGCAGACCGCCUUCAUCUGGUUUGGGACUAAGCUAGUUCAAAGCAGGUUUUAGGUUUCAUGACAUUUGGUCUAUGUUUUAUUCAUUUGGACUCCUAGGGGUGGCCCUUCCAGGGUCCCCACCAAGGUCCCAUCUCCUUCCUGGGACCCAAAUUCUCAUUAGGUCAUUUCAGCCCUGUGAGAGUGCCAAACAGUCAGCUAGGCUCUCCAGCCUCUUAACUAUCACUUCACACUCAGUUUCUUAGCCUCUUAGACCUCUACUGUUGAACAAUCAUCAAAUGUGGGAAAAGCACUACAG